AUGACGUCUGUGGCUGUUGACCAAGAACCUCCGAUGCCCACCUCGGCGGCCGGAACGAGCGGCGGCGCCACCGCGCUAGGAGCCGGCUUCCAGGCGUUCCUGAGCUUCCGAGGGCUCGACACUCGCGGCGGGUUCACCGACACCCUCUACCACGCCUUGGUCGACGCCGGGGUCCGCGUCUUCAGAGACGCGACGAGCUCCGCCAAAUGGUGCCUCCGCGAGCUUGCGCGGAUCGUGGAGGACACGUCUAGAUCGAAGGGGAGCAAGAAGAUACUGCCCAUUUUCUUCGACGUCGAACCCGACGAUGUGAAGCUUAAGACCUCUCUGUACAGCGAUGCUUUGGUGGGGCAUCAGAAGAAAUUUCCCGAUGAAGUGAACGCGUGGCGAGAGGCUCUUGUAGAGGUUGGUAAAAUUAAAGGAUGGAGCUUGAAAAAUUUUGGAGGGUAA